CCCCACUCACAGAGCUCCACUCUGGAGGAGGAAAGUGACAAAGGGAGGGUUGGCUCAACGUGGCACCACGGGACUCCCCAAACCAACCAACCCCCUUGUAUUUACCAAUAACAGUCGACUUGUAACCGUCCCUCAACCACGGACCCUCUCUGAAAACCUGAAACCUCCUUUCUACCUCGACUAAUAAAUGCCCAGAGACACAGCUCGACGACGAGGACUGCUGCUCUGACGAGGAGAGAGAUAGAGAGACCAACGGUUGGACGAACACGUAAAGGAGGAACACAACGCGACCGUUGACGUUCUCAAUGCAUACCCUUUGUGCCCGGGGAACCAUGAAACCAGAGAUCAACGCCGCCGUCGGAUUUCUCACGAGAUUUCUGAGGGUAAAAGGACACGUAAACGAUCGACAGGUCCAAACAUUCACCCAAAGCUUACAGGACAUUUUGGCAGAGCAAUACAAGCACCACUGGUUCCCAGACAGACCAUGCAAAGGUUCAGGCUACCGCUGCAUCCGCAUCAACCACAAGAUGGACCCCCUGGUGUGGCAGGCGGGCCAGCGCAUCGGCCUGACCAUCCAGCAACUCUACCUGCUGCUCCCCAGCGAGCUCACUCUGUGGGUGGACCCCUUUGAGGUCUCAUACCGCAUCGGCGAGGACGGCUCCAUCUGCGUCCUGUACGAGUCGCAGCCCUGCCCCCCUGGGGUGCAGAUGAUGGCCGCUGCCAGCUCCCCCUCAGGACCCAGCGGGACGAUGAGCCCCAUGGUGGACAGUCACAUCAGCUGCAAGGAGGAACUGAUGGUGCUGGGCAGAACCAGUCCCUCCAAAUCCUACAAUAUGAUGACUGUGUCCAGUUAAAGAGGCACGCUGUCACAGCAGGCCUACUUUUUUUCGUUCAGGGUCACGCCGUGGCUGGUCAGAUCAUGUGACCAGGCCGAGGUGAGCCUUUUUAAAGCUAAGAAUAUGAAAUGAAAUAGUGAAAGAAGAAAAAAGAAAAGAAAAAAAGCAGAGGAUGUGGCCUAUCGUCCAGGUGAUGGAAACCUUGUAGGUUUGAUCUUUUUACCCCUCCCCCCUCAUCGUCAUCCCUUCUGUUGUCAUGGAUCAGCUCGGCACUCCAGUUUUUCGGAGAGGCUUUGUGGAAGUGGAACUGUUGGGGCAGCUAAACCAACGAACCGACCGACCGACGUCAAACCAACCAGGAACCCCCCCUCCCCCCUUUCUCCUGGGGACUGGCCCUGCCUGCUCCCCAUCCCCCCCUCCCUCACCCGACCUGUAAACAACAUGGUGAUCGGCUCCAUCCUGAGGGGCUGUCAUUGACUUUGCACUUUUCUGACUUGUGGUUACUUUGGGUACACGUUCAAAACACCAAAAAAAACACCAAAACCUAAAUUUAAGGAGUUUUAACAGGAACCACCUUUUGAAUUUUAGAAUCUGAGAUUAUUUUGUUUUGGUGGGAGAUUGAGUUCAGACUGACUUUCUCAAUCCACGCUCGAGGUGAAGAAACGCCCGAUAAGAGCAUCUCUAUUUUCUAUAACAAACCCUUUUUGGACCACAGGGAGUCGUUUUCUUCACCCCGUAGCUGGACGAAGGUCUCAGCUCUGAACUCCUCUCCCCCCCCUCCCAUCAUCUCAACUCUUGGCCUGUCUGUAAGUGCAAGUGGAAUGUGUCGUGACACCUGUUACCUAUGGAUACCAGUGUGUCCUGUUGCACUGUCGCCCUCCCAUCACCCAUGUAUGUGUAGCUUUUCCAGGGGGGAGUGUAAGGGGGGUCUUGUGCUCUCCUCCCUCCUCCUUCAUGAAUGUUGUUGAAAAUCACAAUCAGGUUCCUGUGUUGUUGCUGAUCGCGCCCCCUUUUCCUUCCACCACUUUGUCAUCUCCUGCGUCACCAAAAUUCAAAGUGUAGCAAAAAAAAGGGGGGGCCUGUUUUACCCCAGACUUGUGGUCUUGCGGCCCUGUUAGAUUUGACAUUGAAUGCACUUUGACGUUAGAUUGUGUGGGAUGUGUACUUCUUAGAGAAAAUCGCCUGCAUUCCAUCCACUCGAAUGUCACCUCUUCACGCCGUUUUUAUUGCCCUCCUCAUUUUGAAGCCGUUUUGUUCAUACUGUAGCUCCCACGUUGGGAUCCAUUUAAAUCUGUUUUUAAACAGGGGAGUCCAGCUCUGGACCUCUGACCUUCUUUUUACACUGUAUUUGAACAUUUCAGAGCUGUUGAUGAUGUGUAGGUGGAGAGAUGUCUUGGUGGUAUGUUAGGAAACAUCCGUUCAUAUGGCACUGGUGGCUCUGGCAGGAUGCAGAGCUAAGCUGUCCCCUCCCCCCUCCCCUCCACCCCAGAAACACACACAAACACACACAGAUAGUUAUUUGUGUUGCUGAUAGAGAGGAGUUAGUCACAAAGGUCUGGACUAAGUGAUGACUGUGUGAGACUUUGGCCAAAGGGAGGUCUGGAGAACCGACUUUUUAGAUAUUAGCUUGAGAUCAGAAACAACACCCGCCUAUUAUUUCCCUCAUUCGUUAUUUCAGAGGUCUGUUUGGAGAGAGAGACUCGUCUGUGCGUGCACUGCCUUACCAAGACCUCAUCAUCACGAAUUAUGAGCCAUUCGUGAUUUUUAAAGUAAUAUCAGGCUUAUGUAAGCCGGCCUGGUUCGACGUGCUGCCCUGACCCUCCUCAUCGUGGUGUCUCCUUUCCAAGUCUGGCAGCUGUACCACCGCCUCCCCCUCAGUCCCUCCCCCUUAGAGUGCCUCAAGUGCCACAUAUCUUCCCUCAGCUCAGACCUCCUGUUCAGCCAAGCCAGCACGCUGCUAGCAGACCCCCUGCGGAUGCAGGUAGACUUAAUGUGACACAUAUCAUCGUCCAUCAGCGCAGGGGGAGGGAAGCUGGGUAAGGAAGGCCGGGACAAGGAGGGGGGGAGGUGGUGUGAGAGAGUCCAGGGGGGGCAAGGGCCGGACUCUUUUUGUCCAGGGCAGCUAAAAUCCCUCCAGCCCCCCCCUGACUCUGGACUUAUUCACCGUCCCCCCCAACCCUGACCAGAAGCCCUCGACCCUCCCUCAGGUGCGAUGGACACACGAAACCAGCACACGCUCCCGGCGUGCUCCAGCUGCACUGACGGGGAAGCUAGCAGGAACAGAUUUGAGGGUACUAGGCUGUUUUGAUUUUUGUUUUCAUCUCACUGGAUUGCGACUUUGUUUACAUGCAUACGAAAGGAUGUGAUGGCUGUCUGACGCAUCCCCACUUCACUCCCGGUUCUGGGGCCAAAGGGGUUAACAGCGAGGCCGGGUGUUGUUCGGGGCCUUUAGCCGCUGGCCAAAUCUGUCACGGCAGGCUGGUUCUCCGCUCAUCACCAGACCUUUGGGUGUUUUAAGCUCCCCUAAGCUUGAGAGGAUCAUGGGUAAUAGAGCUAUAGCCUUUGACGCACUGCAGCCCCCCCUCCCCUUAACAACCCCGUCCCCCCCGCGCUCUGCUCAAACCCUCAGUGAGUCCACGUCGGGCCAGAUGGAGACGAGCGCACACGGCUUCUGUUCCCACGUCUUUUAAAAUCACACAUUUAAGCUUUUUAACGUCACGUGACUUCACUGGCUCACAUCCUCAUGUUCCAUCCCCUCAUUCGUCCUCCUCGCCCUCUCUUCAGGAGGAUCUUUUAAAGUCUAAUGAUCUCUCCUAUUUUAACAGAAUUUGUUUUAACAGCUACAACAUUUUAAAAACACCCCUUUAGACGACCCCCCCUCUCAGCUGAACCACCACCACCACCACCCAAAAAUGGUUGAAGUCCUCAGUACCAUGGAUCUAAAUGGCAUCCAUUCAGAUUGUGCGCACAUAGGUAAACAGAAUCGUUGUGAGUGCUUUGAGUAGUCAGAGAGGUAAAUAGCACAUAAAAUGCACUAAAUAUGUGGAGUUGAAGUCGUGUGACAUUUUUUCGGAGACGUGCGGAGUCUCUCCUGGAAUGUAUUGCCAAACUCAGGCCUCAGACAUUCAAUAAAUCCCCUUGUGGAGAAAAGUUGUGCAUGUUAAGACAUGAAACAGGAAGGGAACAGCAGUUUUGUUGUUGAUGUUGUCGUCAAAACGUUGUCAUUGAUUAGUUGAAUUAUUGCCACUUUCACAUUUGAGGUGUUUUACAUAUUGUAGAAUGUAUUGUAACUGUACAACAAAAUGGUAGAGUACAUGACAUUACACAUGGGAAGUGCCAAUAAUUGAGGUGUUUUUAGAUGUAUUCCUUUUUUGUAUUUCAUCUUUUAACAUGAGAAACGCUUUCUUUCGUAAGUGAAGCCAUUUUUGUGACGGGAGUGUUGGCAAGGACCAAAGUUCUGGUAAAACUCUUAGUUUCCAUGAUCUGUAAGUGUAGACGUAUCCUUUGUUCUUUUUUCUUUUUCUUUCAGUUUUUUUUUUCCUUUUUUUUCUAUUUACCUAAAAAACAGAAAAUAGACAAAAAAAUCUGAGCUUACCCAAGAAGAAAAGCUGUCUAUCUUGUGAUCUCAUGUCAGUACAUCUUUAUCGUGUUCAGUUUUCUUUUCCUUGGGUAUGUUGUGAUGAACUGCUGUAAAUUUGUACAGUUCAUGUAAAUUGAUUGUGCGGAAGUUGUACAGAUUUCUAUAUUUUGGAAGAAAAGUUUUUUUUCUCUGUAAUAAAAGAUUUCCUAUCUUGGCAUCAUAA